CUGCGAGACCUCAGCAUCAUCGUGAGAAAAAAGAAGCAAGACAAAUCUUCAGAGCACCUUUAUUUCAAGUCACUAUCACCAAUGGCUGAACGAGUCUAUCCCACCGAUUCACCACCACAAAGCGGACAAUUCUCCGGAAACUUCAGCUCCGGCGAGUUUCCAAGAAAACCAACACCACCACCAGCAACAUACGUAAUCCAAGUCCCAAAAGAUCAGAUCUACCGUAUCCCACCACCGGAAAACGCCCACCGCCUUCAACAACUCUCUCGUAAAAAAAACAAUCGCAGUACCUGCAGAUGCUGUUUCUGCUCAUUCCUCGCCGCGAUUUUCAUCUUAAUCGUCCUCGCCGGAAUAUCCUUGGCGAUUCUCUACCUAAUAUACCGUCCCGAAGCUCCAAAAUACUCUAUCGAAGGAUUCACAGUUUCCGGUAUCAAUCUGAAUUCAACAUCUCCGAUUUCGCCGAAUUUUAACGUUACCGUUAGAUCGCGUAACGGUAACGGUAAAAUCGGGGUUUAUUACGAGAAAGAAAGCUCUGUGGAUGUUUAUUACAACGACGUUGAUCUAUGUAACGGUGUUAUGCCGGUGUUUUAUCAGCCGGCGAAGAAUGUAACGGUCGUUAGGUUGGCGUUAAGUGGGUCUAAAAUACAGUUGACUAGUGGUAUGAGGAAGGAGAUGCGUAAUGAGGUGAGUAAGAAAACGUUGCCGUUUAAGUUGAAGAUUAAAGCUCCGGUGAAGAUUAAGGUUGGUUCCGUUAAGACGUGGUCUAUGAUCGUUAAUGUUGAGUGUGAUGUAACGGUGGAUAAAUUGACGGCGCCGUCGAGGAUUGUGUCGAGAAAAUGCAGUCAUGACGUGGAUCUUUGGUGAUGAAUUUGCUCUUUGUCUUUUUUUUUUUAAGAAGAAGAAAAUAAGAAAAGAAAUGAGUACAGAGGAUGUUUUGGAUUUGUAGGAUUUAUUUUCUUUUAAAUGUUUUUUUUGGUUCUCUGACUUGCGUUUUUUUUUUUUUUGGAGAACAUAUAAUGUUGUGAAUUUGUGAUUGUACGGCAGAUAUUUUCAAAUGAGGAAAAUUUCCAAUAUUUUAUGUAA